UAUUUUAGGUUAUGAUAAUGUUAUUAAAAUAAUAAAGUUCAUAACGCCAGAAAAACAAGAAAAAAAAAUCUAUAAUUUUAGAUUGCAAGUGAUUUUAAUAUUGAAGUUAAAUCAAAGAAUAUAUAAUGGAAAAUAUUGAAAAUCUACAUCGAGACUUAUUUUGUGUUUUAUUUCCUGCAAUUGUUAAAAAUGACGAGAAAGCCAUUCAGUGCUUAGGAGGCACAAAAGCUAUUUCACAGGUGUAUUCACAGGCGAAUAAAAAACGAUUAGGUAUGUGUUUCCAUCCAGAUAAUCCUUACAUGAAAAAAAUAUAUUCUGAUGCAAAACCAGCUACUGGAGUACUUUUAAAAGUAAAGGUGAAGAAAAUAAGGACAGGCGAUGAAGUUAAAAGAGAGGUUUUGUCAACAGCAAUUGUUGGAUCGGUUAAAAAAUUAAAUAAAUUCGAAUCUAUGUGUGACUUCCAGUAUUUGCCUAUAAAUACAACAUCCUCAGGAACAAACAAACCGGAAUGUAUAUUGGAACAAAUUCUUCCUUCGGGUGUUGAUAACUUUGAAACAUUAUUACAACCGGCUCCAUCAUUUAUCACUCCAUUUAAUUUUACAAGAUCUGAUAAACCAAUAAGUUACUGUUAUACAGAUAAAAGGUAUAGCACAAAAGAUCUUGUUAAAGAAGAAAGUGAAAAUACUACAAAAGAUGAGGUUCAUAAGUCUAGAGUUGAUAGAGGAUUGCCAAUAGCACGAUACACAUUUAAUUUAACAGACAACUUGCCCUCUGAACCUAAUGAGUAUUAUUUAAAACAGAAAACAACUAGGCUAACCAUAUAUCCACAAUUGGAAAAUGAGUUUAAAAUUGUUCAAAAGCACUUUGAGGAAAGACCAAUAUGGUCAUUAAACCUUGUUAAAUAUCACACAAAAAUAAAAAUGUCCUCUUUGAAAAUAAUUCUGCCUUGCCUAGCUCUGUAUAUGCGAGAGGGACCAUGGAGGAUGAUGUGGGUCAGAUUUGGCUAUGAUCCUAGAAAGGAUGCAGGGGCGAGGGUGUAUCAGACUUUAGAUUUUAGGAUGAGACAUGCAGCUGGAGUACACGCUAUGGUGAUGACUCGUGAUCAAGUCGUACAUUGUAAAAAAACGGACCGUAUUCGUAAUUUUAAGAAAAGUGCAACAGAUGAACUCUCUGUGGAGGACAUUGUAUAUGAAGGAGCCGUCUACUUCCGACCGGGAAUGGUUCCAUCUCAACGUCAGAUUUAUUAUCAGUACUGCGACGUGCAAUUGCCCGAGGUGCAGGAGCUGAUGGCGCGAGAGCCGCCGGCCGGCUACCUAUGCCACGAGCGCCGCGGCUGGCUGCCGCCAGACACCGACCAGCUCUGUCGAGACCACAUCUUCCGUUAUGUUAAGCAGACCUUGCUCGCAACGCACAAGGCCGACCUCAAGUUUGAUGAUGCUAGCAGUGCAGACGAUUCGGGGUCAGACGGAGACGGCGUCAGUACGUCUGUCGCUGAAUUGGAUGAUUCGUCAAUAAGUAGAAUUGAUGAAAUGGAUGAUACAAACAAUUAAUAUAUUUUUAUAAUUGUAUAUUAAA